AUGACCGAAAAUUGUGAGAAAGCGUGGGAUUACGGGAACUGGAAAAAUCGUAAAGUUGACAAAAAUGAUGAAAUCGACAAAAAAUACAAAAACUAUGGAAACUUCGAAUUUCACAGGAAAAGUAGAAUAAGCGAAAAUCGUAGAAUUAACGGAAAUAGUACGAUGAAUGAGAAUGUUAAGGAAGAUGAAAAUGAGGAAAUGAUGGAAUUGACAAAAAUGUCGAACAAUAUGGAAAUCAGGAAAUUAUCAGAAAUCUGCAGUUUCGCAGGACGUAGUUCUUCAGUCACACACCGGAAUUCUGGAUCGUUCACUCUGAAAAUAUUCAUCGAACACAGCUGUAAGCCUCCUCGAGCCUGGUCCAUAAUAAUCAUCACUCUUCAAGAUUUAAACACGUCUGAUUACGCCUUGCAGCUCAAAUCAGAGGGCGAAGCAGCUAGGCGCAUAAAUUCAGAGUCGGUAACCCUCGCCGAUACACUUAGAGACCUUAAGCGCGCAUAUAGAUCCAAAAGAACCUUGGAUAAAAUUCAGGCGGACAUUGGCCUUUGCGUGAUGGAACAAAACGAAACAGUCGUUGAGUAUUGUGAUAGGGUAACUGAAUUACUUGGGAAAGCUGAGGAGGUAGCUGAAGCUACUAUCCCAAACGAAGCUGUUAGACUAGACGAUACAGAAAGUAGAGUCUUCGCGGAAAAACAAACUACACUAGCAGAAGCAAUGGAUGAAGCCAUGGCAAGACAAAGAGCGGUAGCCAACAGAACCAAAUUCCACACCCUCAGAACAUCCACAGAGAACAGUCGGAGAGACAUUAGAAAUAGACGCGAAAACACAGUCCGGUGCGCAUACUGCGGACACCCGGGUCACAUAGUCAGGGAAUGCAGGACGAAGCAACAAGACGCGGAAAGAAGUAGACAAGAAAAUUACACGCGUACGGGUCUAACUCACGGUAAUUAUCAAGCGAGACCGCGAGGAACAAUGGUCACCUGCACGUAUUGCAAACGCGAAGGACACGCAUUCCAGGAAUGUCGAACGCAGAUGCGCGAAAAACAUCAGGCACCCGAACCACUAGGUCACGCAAGAGGAACACGCGAUUAUCAACGAGCGAACAAUCGGUACAACGACAGACAGUUCAAUUAUCAAGAGGCAAAUAAUGGGUACGACAGACAGUUCAACUAUCAAAGAGAAAACAAUCAAAGCAGAAAUAAACCCAGCGAGCAAAACCGUCCACAUGCCCAGCACCGCGUUAAUUACACACAAAGAGAUCCUUAUGAACGCGAUGAUCCUCGCGAUGAUUACAAUGAACACCGCAAAGCAAACUUCAGCAACGACUCGAGAAGCAGUCAUUUAAACGAGAACUGGAACGAUCGAGUGGACGCGUCGAUAUCCCAAGAUCAGGGCCAGCGUCCUACGCCAGUAGCAGCAACGUAUUACAAGUAA